GAGAAAAAGAAAGCAAAAUUUGAACAUUGAUUGGGUGCGAACAAAGAAAACGUUGCCGUUGCUCUCUCAAUUUGUGGUUUUCCUUUCGUUGCUGUGCUUGUAUUGUGAUUUGUAUCGAAGAAGAUGGGUAGCAGAAAUGUCGGUGGUCAGGUCACAGCAAUGGGAAAGAGACAAUCCGAUUUGAAAAAGUCUUUCAACCUCGCCGUCCGCUCUCUUCUCACUACUUGUUCUGCCCAGGAAUUCAGCAAAGCAUUUCCAACUUUUACUAAUGUCGAGCAACAACGUCUCCACCAGCUUUUUAUUCAGGUCAUUACCUCUUUGCAUGGGAAUGUUGAGGAUGAAUUUGAGUCUUUAUGCCGUGAAACUCAGGUAGGAGAUGCCCUUGAUACUGUGGAGCAACUUGUGGAAGAACAAUCUCUUGACUCUUUGUUUUCAGAGAGGACUAAUGUAAUGGAUGCAGUGCACAGUUUGUUAACUGCAAAGAAAGCCGAGAUCCAUUACUUAAGAGGCCUGUUGGAAAGGGCUGAAGAACAUAAACGGCUCAUUCAAGCUCGGGUGGACCUACUUAAGAAUAAUACACAAGAAGUCUUGGACACAAAACAUGUUGUUGAGAAGUUGAGAGGUGGAAUUUUAAGUUACAGGGGAACCUAAAACGUAGUGCUUUAAAUGGUCCGCAGCUGGUGGUGCUAUCAAGAUGUAUCUUCGACUGCCGUGGCAUGAAGUGGUUGAUAAUUACACCAACAUGUAUUUAUCGCAAGAUGUCGUUAAAGAUUCAUUGCCAUGGCAAUAUAUACAUAAUUUAGAUAUGAAUGUGUAGUAGCAAAGUUUUCAGUUUCACUGCUGCCGUUGCCUGUUGGUGUACGUGUAUGAGCUUCCAGUUUGCC